CUCAGACAGUAAAGUGUGUUUGAUUCUGUUCAGGCUCAGCUUCUUUUUUUUUCUUGGAUAUUUUUGUCACACCAUUUACUUUCUGCUGGCAAGACCUAUACUGAGAAUCAACCAGGACUAUCAAUCAUGGCAGACAUGAGCCCAAAAUUGUCCAGGGCAGUACGCCUCCAAAAGAAGUUACAUAAUUCACUUUGGUUGGAUCAAGCAAACUCACUCAUGAAAACAGCAUUCAAUCAGUGGAAGGUUUCUCAAAACUUGUAUGUGACCCAACUUCUUGAUGAGAUGGUCCAUAGCAUCCUGUUCUCAGGACAUAUCCGUAAUCAGUUAAUGAAACCUGAAGAAAUUUUUGAAGCUGACAUGUUUGGAAUACUGCGUUGCUUCUUUGGGGGAGCAUUUGAAGGAUACAAAAGAAGGCUUCCAAAAAGGACACCUUUUUCAUGUUUGUUAGAACUAAUUGUUGAAACAAAAAAAGACAAAACGUUAGUGAAGAACGAGCUGUCAAACAUCAUCACCAAAUUGAGGGGCAAGUCAACAAACCAACUCGUUGGGCGUGCUCUAUGCAUCAUUGAGGAAUGUCAACAGAUUAGCUAUGGAGUAUCCAUGCCUUUGGCAGAGAAGCAGUUCAAGAAAAUCUGGAUUGCUUUAUCCUGUAUGCAUACAUGGCAUCCUCAUGUGGCAUAUGCAGUAAGGAAGUGGACCAAGGGUGAAGAAUGCAGUGUGCCAUUUCCAAAUUUGGAGGAAUCCUGCCAAGCAUAUGUACAUAAUGGCAAGACGUUAAAGUCCACUCCACCUUGUAUUUCUUGUUGUGAACUUUUCUCAAUGAAACAUGUCCACAAGAAAUCUCGAUCACAUCUUUAUGGUAACUGUGCUGAGGCAGAGGCCAUAAGCAAAUACCUUAAACUCAAAUGUGUUCCCCAUUUGGAUGAACCUACGUUGAUUAGUGACAUAAAAAAUGACCUAAAGACAAAACUGGAAACAGUGAAGAAUUCUAAUUUUGAUCCUACAGUGGUUUAUGAACCGGCACCAAUUUCUGAUGAUCGCAUAAAAUUGCUCUUCCAACAAAUAUCUGGGUUGUUAUGAUAACCUCCUAGUGUUGAUUAAGUUAUAAAUAUCACACCAAAACAAUCUCACAUAAUGUCUGAGAUUGUAUUUGGUUACUGUAAAUUGAACAAUUUACUUUCCCUAGAAAGUGAAAUAAAUCACAAGCAGGUGCUUUUAUAUUAUUUACUGCAGAUGUGAUUCCGAUUUGAGAAAUGGUCAUGUUAACCCACGUUGAGCCAAUGAGCCUAGCCUUCUGUGCAAUGAAGAAAUAUGGGUUUUAUGAAAAUGUUCCCUUUAUUCAUGUCCAUGACAAUUACGACAUAAUUAAACCUUUGAGACUCUAUGGGACCUCAGUUAUUACACUACUGCAAUGCACUCAUCUGGUGCAGUGUUGCACUGAAUGGAGAGAUGAACUUGGUGGCAUGUCAUGGCCAACUACAGAAGCACACAAUGAAACAAAAGCCCUUUUCGGACUGGACUAGUUUUACAGGGGGAUGUAGAGUAAUGCAGGUUUAUCACAUGACCUCUGUAAUGUAAAUGUCCAAUUCGGAAGAGACUAGAAAUCUCUGAAAUUUUAUUUGACAUGGGAGGAGUAACUACGUUUACAUUCUGCCGUCACAUCUUCGUCGCCGUGCACGUGAUAUGUCACGUCAGUUGCGUGUGGCAUUUUCGAAAUUGUUGGCUUCAUCAAGUGCCUCCAUGUUGGAAAACGUUGGUGGAAUUGUUUUUAAAUCAGGAUGUGACAAAUUAUUACAGACAUCUUUACAGAGAGUCACGUUCGCACAGGAUUAAUAUUACCUACGUCAUUUCCCCGGACCGUUUUACUGAAUGUAAAAGUGGCUGUACAUUUCACAGACAUACUCCAUUAUGUUUACUGACAUGGCGCGUCCGGACGGGACUAAAUUCCCUGGUAAUUAUUACUGUACCUCAUGUCACCCCAUAAAACUAAUCCCGUCCGAAUAGGGCUAAAGAAAAUGUCAACAGGUUCAUCACAUGCAGAAUCUUUAUUUAGACAUUUUAAAAUCAGAAACCCAUUUUAUUACAUUCAAGUCAGGAAAAUGUGUCAUGGUUUUGUGGAAACACUGAAACCAGCAAAUAAUAAAAAAAAAAAAAAAAAAAAAAAAAAAAGCAAAUAA